AUGGACGGGCUGUUUCAACAUGACGCGGCUGGCCUUCAAGUUGUUCGUCUCUGGGUCUUCCAAAGUGUCCGCGGCGAUUCUAUGACGCUAUAUUUCAUGCGAGACCUUGUCCUGACGUGUCGAACCUCCUCCAUCAUCAGCACCAUCAAAGGAAUCGCGAGCGGUCCGCGUCACCGCGUGGCUGGGUCCUGUUGUCUGCCGGGAUACCCGUCUUCUCCAGUCCCGCACUCCUUUAUCCCACCGGCUUGGCCGAGGAGUUCACGAACGAUUUCCAAUGUUUCCUCGAUUGUUUGCUCGCGCCGCAGUCGUCGGAGGAAUGGCGACAGGGAGACAGCUUGGCCUACAUCCCGUCCACGUCUGGCACAGCAACGCCCGCGCCGCCACAUCGCGCAACGCAGAUUCGAGUCCAUGGCAAACGCACGGAACGCCACGUCAGCAAACAGUCGCAGUAUCCCUUGCCUGGAUGCUACGGGUUUGCGCCGAAUGAUGGCGGCGGCAUCCUGGUGCCAUUGGCGAGCUACGGACGGCGUCUGCAGCUGCAAAUGGCGGUCGACGCGAUGGCUCGAGUUCGGUGACGGCCGAGCUCGGAAAUGCCCCUCCCCCUCAGGCCACGUCCAGGCUUCCCAUUGA